AUGCCCGCCUCAUUCCGUCUCGACCUUUCCCCUCUUGUCCCUUCCCCUCUCGCCCCUUCCCCUCUUGUCCUUUCCCCUCUCGCCCCUUCCCUUCUCGUCCCUUCCCCUCUCGUCCCUUCAACUCUCGUCCCUUCCCCUCUCGUCUCUUCACCUCUCGCCCCAUCACCACUCAAGCCUUCCCCUCACGACUUCUUUGUUCGUCCCUUCCCCUUGUGCCCCUACGCGCAGGCAGAGAAGUCAAAGGGAGGCGCGCUGUAUAGCGAGUCGGUGUCAGUCACAUUCGAUAAUGUCACACUGGAUGGCAACAAGGCAGCACUGCAGGGAGGCGCCGUUGCUGUCUAUGCAUCCAGCAGUGAUGGCUUGCCCACAGAGGCUCUUUUCAAGUCCUGCCGCUUCGUGCGCAAUGAGGCGGUACUUGGGGGAGGUGCUAUCUACACGGGACUGGGCAUGCACACGCGCGUGCACGCAUGUGAGGUGGAGGAAAACAACAGCACGGGGCUGGGCGGUGCUGUGCUCGUACAGGAGUUCUCCCGGGUUGAGAUGACUAACACACGCUGCCACGGGAACAUUGACAACCAUUUCCUGAUUCCUCCCUCUCCUUCCCCCCAACCCUCCAACAACAGAGCACUAACCGGCGGCGCCUGUCUCUCUCUGCUUGCCAACGCGCACGCCACAGUCACCGACUCGGUCCUUUCAGCCAACCGGGGCACCAGCGAGGGGGGAGCAGCGCGGGUCAGCGGCAGUGCGCACCUCUCCCUGCUCUCCUCCUCCAUCUCCCACAACACCGCAGCCUGGGGGGGCGCCGUCUGGGUCGAAAUGGGCGCCUCUCUCCUCAUCUCAAACAACUCGAAGCUCGAAGGAAACGAGGCGCGGUAUCUCGGCGGGACGGUGUAUGCAACGCACGUGUCUCGGGUGGACGUGCGAGGCGGGAGCGUGUUUCGAGGGAACUCGGCGCUGCACGGAGGGGCUAUGGUGGUAGAGGCAGAGGCGAGAGUCACAGCGGCUGAUUCUGCGUUUGAAAACAACACCUUUUCGGGGAUUUUAUUCCAGGGGUUUUCCCAGGGGGUUCUGCGGAACUGUAGCUUUGAGAGGAAUUUGAACGCGGCCGGGCGGGGUGGUGCGGUGCUGGUUGGGGAUAAGACGACGGUCGUCGUCCACUCGUGCAGCUUUUCCGGGAACUGGGCAGCGCUGGGUGGUGCGGUGAGCACCGAAGGCAGCCCGUAUCUCACGAUCAACGGCUCGGAUUUCACGAGGAAUGUCGCGCAGAUCGGCGCGGGGGUUGCCCUAGCAGGCGCCACUGCUUUCACCAUGGGCAAAUCUGUUUUCUCUGCGAACAACGCGACUAAGGCGGGAGGGGGUGUGGCUCUACUGGAGCAGGUGGAGGGGGAGAUCUCAGGGUCUAGGUUUGAAGGUAACUAUGCGGUGGUGGGCGGUGCAGGGGUGUACCUGAUGCGAACUGCUACUGCCACUGCGGCUGCAGCUGGUGGUGGUAAUAGGCCUCCCCGGGUGCAACUGCAAGACCUGGUGUUUGAUGGCAACAGGGCCAUGGACGCACAUGGAGUGGCCUUCUUUGACGCUUCCUACAGUCCUCAGCUGCGCUCCACGUGUCAUGCCUGCCAGAUGGUGCAACAGGGGGACACGCAGGGCAGCAUGCCGGCUGACUUUUAUCUCAAAUGGCCGGGGGCAGCAGCGUCAUCGCGGGAGACAGGUGGCAGCUUCUCAGUGGUGGGGUCGGUGGGCUCAAUGCUGACGGGGCUGCAGAUCUUCUCAGUGGUGGGCUCUCUGUGGUGGGCUCGGUAUGUGCGCUGUGUGCGCUCUGUAUGUGCGCUGUGUGGGCUCUGUAUGUGCGCUGUGUGCGCUCUGUACGUGCGCUGUGUGGGCUCUGUAUGUGCGCUGUGCGGGCUCUGUAUGUGCGCUGUGUGGGCUCUGUAUGUGUGCUGUGUGGGCUCUGUAUGUGCGCUGUGUGGGCUCUGUAUGUGCGCUGUGCGGGCUCUGUAUGUGCGCUGUGUGGGCUCUGUAUGUGCGCUGUGUGGGCUCUGUAUGUGCGCUGUGUGGGCUCUGUAUGUGCGCUGUGUGGGCUCUGUAUGUGCGCUGUGUGGGCUCUGUAUGUGCGCUGUGUGGGCUCUGUAUGUGCGCUGUGUGGGCUCUGUAUGUGCGCUGUGUGCGCUCUACUCGGUGGGCUCCAUGCUGACGGGGCUGCAGGUGGUGGUGGUGGACGAGUUUGGCAACAUCGAUGCCAAGGUGGUUACGGAGCUGCAGGUGGUGGCGGUGGACGAGUUUGGAAACAUCGUUGCCAAGCACAGCACAGCAUGUCAGAUGGCUCCCCCUCUUACUCCCCCCUGCCACUUCCUUCCUAUCCCAUUCCCCCAUGCAUACCCGCUCCCCCUCAGGUGUGCACCAGGCCAGGGCAUGGAGACAUGUCCAGACGGCACCUUCACCUUCUUCCCCAAUGCGGUGUCCCAGGAUGAGUGCACGCCGUGUGACGAUGACAGCCUGGAGUGCCGCUAUGGCACGCUGGAGAUUGCGUACCAGAACUGGCUGGACCCAGCGUCUCUCAACUCCACGCCCACCACCUAUGCGUGUCUUCUCACCGAGGGAUGCUCUGGCACCACCUACACAGGCCCCAACACCACGCAGUGCGCCGUGGGAUAUAACAACACCUGCCCGUGGUGUUUUCCCCCCUUGCCUUCUGCCCUCUCUCCACCAGGUGUUCCCCCUGCUGUCCAUCAUAGUGCUAGCCGUGUGGGAGGCAAUGAACACAUGCUGGCAGACACGUUCGCAGCCAUGGACAUAUUUCUCAUCGAGAUACAGCUGCUACUUCUCAACCCCUCUUCCAUACUGCCCUUCCAUUCCCCCAUCUCCCCGCUCCACCCUUCCCCUCCCCUCCAGGUGUUCCCCCUGCCGUUCAUCAUAGUGCUAGCCAAGUGGGUGACGAUGAACAUGCUGGCAGACACGUUCGCAGCAAGGGACAUAUUUCUCAUCGAGGUGUUCCCCCUGCUGUUCAUCAUAAUUCUCAUCGUGUGGGUGACGAUGAACAUGCUGGCAGAUACGUUCGCAGCCAUGGACAUUUUUCUCAUCGAGAUACAGCUGCUCACAAUGGUCGGCAACUUCAACCUCAACUUCCCCGCCUCCUGGGUCAAGACUGUCGUGCUACUAUACAACAUCGCCGCGUUUGAUCCUGACAUCAUCGGGCCAGAAUGCGUGCUCUCGCUGCAGUUCACGGGAAAAUUCUACGCCACCCUACUCAUCCCCGUUAUAGGCCUCCUCGUUUACGCGCUCAUGUUUGUGCACCACCGCUGGCUGGGCGGCUCAUUCUUCGUGCGCGUGCACUCGUGGCAGCGCAAGGAGCGCCAGCGGCAGCGCCUGGCGCUGCAGCGCUCGGUAACGAAGCGGCGAGCUUAUAACGAGUACGAGAACUCGAUCGUGCACGCAUCGCUCAAGUGGCUCGACAUCUGCUAUACAUCUGUGAUGGUCAAAGUGCUGGAAGUCUUUAAAGUGAGUGGGGCUUUAAGGUGA